AUGACAACUUGGCUGUCGGCUUGCAACUUCUGGACGGAAGUUGAGGGGGACAAGUACUUCGGAGACAAAAACAGACGAUUCUCGAAAAAAGAGUACGAAACUCAUCGGAAAUCAAAAAAAAAACAACUGGAUGCUAAAAAAUGCGAAAAAAAAACAAGAAAGUUAAUAAGGCAGAACCUCUUCUCUCGUAAUCGUCACGAUUCACAGCGACAUCUUCAAAAUUUUUAA